CCUGAAUAAUAACCAUACAAAGUUUCAAAAAUGUUCAUGCAUGCGUUUUUGAAUAAUCUUGCUAAAAGUAAAAACGAUGGUGUCAUAACUUUGACGGCAAAAUACAAGGAACUGGCACAAUCCCAGAUGUGUAGGUGUAAACCAAAAUCUUGUGCCUUUAGUCAAAAAUAUAUGGUGAAAAUAUUGAGCUUCAAAUGUUACGCAUUAAGUAAAUAUAAACAAAAAACCAAAAUAUGUAAACAACGGCUGGUUAUCCGACCAAAUCUGAAUGACUACUAAAAAGCGACGGAUUCAUACUUAACGAGGACCUUCUUUAUUGGACGUAUUAUACCUAAGCUGUUGUCCUUACAGUCGCGUUCAAAAGUUUUGAGGGCUAAUUAAAAAAUAUAUUAAAUGCACCUUGUGACUAUAUAAAUGAAACAGCUUGUUGAUGUGGAAAUUAUUAUUUACAUUAGUAUAAAAAUACAGGUAUGUCACAAAACAGUUUGGUCACGAUUUUGAGUAUGUUAGUCACAUGUACAUUUUAUUUGAAAAUGGCUCUUAUAAAUGUACUUAAUCAUGUGUAAGGUCAUAGAAACAGCUAUUAAAAUAUAAUCCAAUAACAACUUUAUUUUAUUAGUUAUUACUUUUCUACUUCAGUGUACUCAGGCACAACACGUGUGAACCGGUUAGUGAGUAAAGUAAAGAAGGUCAUCGAUAUGUAUGAAUCCGUCGCUUUUUAGUAGUCAUUCAGAUUUGGUCGGAUAACCAGCCGUUGUUUACAUAUUUUGGUUUUUUGUUUAUAUUUACUUAAUGCGUAACAUUUGAAGCUCAAUAUUUUCACCAUAUAUUUUUGACUAAAGGCACAAGAUUUUGGUUUACACCUACACAUCUGGGAUUGUGCCAGUUCCUUGUAUUUUGCCGUCAAAGUUAUGACACCAUCGUUUUUACUUUUAGCAAGAUUAUUCAAAAACGCAUGCAUGAACAUUUUUGAAACUUUGUAUGGUUAUUAUUAGCGUCAAGAAAGACCGAAUACAGUUUUCAGCGAAGUUAUGCCUUGUCUCAUUUAGGCGCUGCGAUGUUUUUUCGGGUUUUCAUAAAACCGCGAUAACUUGAAAACUAUAAAUAUUUUCUAAAAUCUAAUUGGGGCACAAAGGGGCACACAUUAAGAGCUACUCGCGUAUGUUUAUUCUACAGGGGCACAUGCAAUGGUUUUAGAGAUAUACUAUUCAUCAAAACGUUACUCCAGCAGGAAAUGCAAUAUCUCGAAAAUCUGAAGGGGCACAGAUUUUAUUUUUGGGGGCACAUUUUGGCACACAUAUAAGCUAUCUGGCCAUGCACAGUUUUUCUCUCUCCGAUCAUUCGUUUAGAAUUUUCCUGCUAGAAAAACGUUACCCCAGCAAGAAUCGUUUUUUCGAUUUUUUUUCGAAACGACAGGGGGCACACAUUUUUUAUGUGGGGGCACAUUUACAGCAGAUAAGGCACCAACUAUACGUUCUACUCAUAUAACUCUAGGAGAUACUUUCUUGUUGGGGUAACGCACACUGGUGUUUUGGUUUUGAUUUAAUUUUUCGGACUCGUUUUGAAGAGGAUCUUCAUUGACUUCCUUUUAACAGCAUUUUUCAGAAUGCCCUUAAAAAACUUUUCAUUUUGUCCCAUAGUAAAUUUACAAUCCCAUGAACGUAUCAUAUCACAGAAGAAUUUGACAAAGUUUAUUUAGUCUUUUAUAGGGACCUACGAAACGUUGCCACGGCUUCCCCCAGACCAGGAGCAUUCACACAGAAGCUCCCGUGAAACCAUUGAGUCGAUCAAUUUAUAGGCAAAGGUCAAGCCAUUUCCUUCACAUGGUUGAAACAAAAAUCCCAGCUGUUGUUGUAGUUUGAUCUCUCAGUUUUAUUAAUUAAACUUCUUUCCAGAUUGUCUAAUUGUUGCUUGUCACUUAUUUGUUUAAAAAUAAACGAUUCAUUAUCAACUUGGUUAGCGUCUUUUAAUAAAGUAACAGACACUGGCUGCUCGAUUUUUUCCACAAAUUUUAACGUGCGUUCAUCUAAUUGUACAGACAACUCGGACGCUUUUUGAGUAAGUCUUUGAACGCUUUCAACAAGAUUUUGCAGUAUUAAUUCUUGGUUAUUAACUUUUUGAAUUAAAAUGUUUUGAUUUGCAAUACACUGUUCGCCGUCGAAGACGGUUAGACAUGACAUUUCAUCAUUAGUUUCGAUCUGAUUGCUUGUAGCAGAAAUAGAAUUAAUUUGUGUACCUCCCGCGUUGAAGGCACUUGGCAUCUGAAACAAACAAAAAAUCAUAACUUUUGUCUUGUACGAUAAUAAAACUUUGAAGUUGGGCUGUUAUUUUUAUUCCAAUAAUAAUUUACAUAUGGAAUUAGAUAGUCGAAUUUACAUCCGUGGUUGAUGAGUCGCCGACAUAACCACGAGCCAACGAAUCCAUUCAUUAUUUUCAGAAAAAUUUAUAGUUAAGCUUUGUAUAUUUUAGUAUGUAGGUAAAGAGUUUGAUCUAAAUCUGUUUAGUGCCAAAUUAGUCUUCUUGAAAUAAAAUUAUCUGAGAAAAUCCAAAAAAUAUAUUAAAUCAUAAAUAGGUAAAUUAAUUGCAGUGUUGCCAUAAAUAAAAACAAUUUUCUCCGUUUUAGGGGUGCCUAGGCCUAGCCUACUAGAAUAAAAUACCACAGGCACUAAAUUGUAACCCUCCGGCAGCCUGCGCUUGGUGCAAUACACAAUUUUUAUUAAAUGUUUAUAUGUAUUGCUGAAAAAAAUUUAAUCACUUACCAAAUUUUGCACCAUAUUUUCAAAACGGUUUGCUGGUGGUAUUGCCGCUGGUCUUACAGGUGCUGGGCUAGGGCGCGAUUCACUUGUUUCAUUGUCUGUGUCUGUAUAAUUUUCCAUGAUACGUAGUUCGUUUUGCGCUUCGGCGUACGUUGCAAUAUUACUUCGUUUUACCACGCAAUCCAAAAUGUCCCAAUUUGGAUUUGGAAAAGAGUUUUCGUCUCUUGCGAGUCGUGCUCGGUUUUUAAGUUUUUCUGUAGGCCAGAAUAGUUUUCCAUCGUCCUCCCAAAUAUACGGUAUAAUACUUAAUGUGGGUCGUCCUUUUUCCACAGUCUGUACAAUGUUAAACGGCAUUGUCUGAAAGAGAAUAAUUGGAUUAAUACCUACUAGUACAUUCAUUAUCAUUAAAAAAAUAAUAGUAUCUGUUUUUAAUAAUUAAAAUUAAAUAUGAGACACACAUCAACAUAUUCACAACAAAGCAUCACCCUUAAGCCAAAAUACCAACAUGUACGAAUUUGAAGAAGCGAUUACUCAUCCCGAUUCAGCAUUCUAUUGCUGGUUUUUAUGGAUGGAAUUAUUUACAAUAAAGUCAAGAUAACCAGCAAUGUAUUCCGAAUUGGUACGUGUUAUCGCUGCUUUAUUCAAAAUUCGCUUUGAUCGUUUGGAAAAAAAUCCAGAGACGAUAUUGCGUGAUAUUAAACCUCCAUAUGAAUACAAAUUACCUAGCAAGUAUUUAUUAUAUAGAUUCACAUUUUCAUAGGCUAACAUAAAACUGACCUAAAACCACAAUGAAAUCAGUCAUAUAAAUGAAUUUAUACUAAUAAACAAAUAAUACGUAGUCAAAUGUCGUGGUAGACGUGGAGCUUUUUUAAAAACUAAACUUAUCCUAUACGUCUGAUCGACGGAGCUCUACAAUAGAAUCUGACUUAAUGCUAUGCUUAAUUAAAAAGGUAGCCUCGUAUUGCGUAGGCGGUUCGUUCCCAGAAUGUCAACCGUUACUGAGUUGCACAUCCUGUUUUUGUUAUUGUUCUAAAUUCUUAAGACAUGACAAAGUGCUGACAACAGUCUACGCAUUAAGAGGAGACGACAAUGUUGGGUCCUCUACCUUGUAUGGGGCACAUAACUCCUCCCCCGUUUAAGCCAUCGGAGGGUUGAUUACCCGACUGAGGGCUGCGAUACCGUAAGUAUACAAUUUUAAUUUUAUAAAGUAUAUAAAUGAAAAAGAUUAUAACUAUGGUUACAUAAAUGAUUAUAGUUCCUACACUUAUACAAUGUGUGUUUAUAGCACUUUCACGAAUGUUCCCAGUUUCAUCAUAUUUACUGGAAAACUUGCAAUUCAUUCUGUUCCAAAAAAUGAACCGUAAGUCCCAAAUAACCAGUGUUAGUCAUUAUCUCUGUCCAAAUAUCUGUAGUUAAACAAAAAUGUUCCACAUUCUUAAAUUUCUCGGCCACAGUUUUUGAUAAUGUCUCAUACUUUUUAUCAAUCUUUGCUUUGAUCGUUUCCCGACAAGGCACUCUAUACAAGGGAGCUAAUUGCUUAAUCAAAUGUUUAAAACCUUUUCCUUCAACUGCAUAAAAUGGUCUGUUAUCAACAGCAAUGAAAUAUGCAAUAGCAUCUGUAAUUCGGUCAUAUUUUGCACCUCCUUUAGAAUAUUGAUACACAUUUUCAAAAGCAUUUUUUAUUUUCGGAGUGUUUCCAGACGUACUUGGAGGAGUAGGGGACUUAAUAACUGGAGCAACAACCACAGCAGACGAACAAGAAGCUUCAGCAGAAUUAGCAGGUGUUUCAGGGGGUGUAGCACUUUCAUUAAAAUAAACGUUAAAUAUUGUAAUAUUUCCAUAAAAUCUUAUCUAAAUCAUAGAAUUCGUAUUUAUUAACUGAGGAACUUUUGACUUACCGUUGUGACUUAUCCAUAGAUUUAUCAACAUCAAAAUUUUCUGGAUGUUUGUGUUUCAUAUGUGAUGCUAGAUUGCUUGUAUUUCCAGAUGUUUUAAUUCGUUUAUUACAAAGUGUGCAAACGGCAUCACUGUCUUCUUUUUUGAAAUACGACCACAGUUUACUUCUCUUCAUAUUAACGGUAAAUCAACAAAGUCAACAAACAAGUACAACAACCAACCGCCGUUACGACCAGAGACAACUUUUUUUGUUAUUUUCGUCCACUCUGAAGAAGAGGCAAAGGCACAUAACCCAUACAGCCUAAGUGCGUGUUCACACCAAACGUAUAGUCAGCCGCCGAUUGUGCGCAGGCUCACUAUAAGCCUCAGUGUGAACGUAAAAAUAAAUGGUAUUUUUUGUUCACAUUAAGCUUACAAUACGCUGUAGCUGACAAUACGCCAUUGGUGUGAACAAAACAGUCGGCUUGUAUACGUUCACACCAAAUGCGUACGCUGAGCGGCCGACUAUUUUUCAUAUAAAAGAGCUGAGUGGCUUGAGUUUCGCGCAGUAUAUCUCAGUUCACAUUUCAAAACUGGUGACUCGAGUGUUAACUAAAUAAUGUUCGUUAAUAUAUUGGCUAUUCACGAAGCUCUUGAGGAAGAUGAAGAAAGUAGUAAGAGAAAAAAUUGGGUACAUCCUCUAAAUUUAAAGAGAUAUCAUCUUGGUCAGUUUCAUCGUUUAUAUUUGGAAUACAGAUGUUACCCUGAUAAAUUCAAGAAAUAUUUUCGCAUGUCUCUAAAAUCUUUUGAUGAAUUAUUGUCAUUAAUACGUACCAAAAUAUAUAAAAAGGAUACUAACUAUAGACGUGCUAUUGAGCCAGAAGAAAGAUUAAUGAUUACUUUGAGGUUUUUAGCUACAGGAGCAACCUAUGGUACCUUAAGCGAAGACUUUUUAACGGGGAAAUCUACAAUAUCUGCAAUUGUUUGUGAAACCUGCUCGGUUUUGUGGGAAAUAUUAAUGCCUUUGGAAUUACCCCAGCCCACAGAAGAAAUGUGGAUAAACAUAUCUAACACGUUUUACAAAAAAACUGAUUAUCCGAAUUGUCUAGGCGCUAUAGACGGCAAACAUGUUCGAAUAAGGAAACCAGCUCACAGUGGUUCAAACUUUUACAACUAUAAAAAAUUCUUUUCAAUCGUCCUUUUUGCUUUAGCUGAUGCAAACUGUUUAUUUACUGCUGUUGAUAUUGGAUCAUGUGGAAGAGAAGCAGACAGUAACAUUUUUAAAAACAGUAACUUAGGCAAAAUGAUAGCUCUUGGACAACUAAAUAUACCAAAAUCUGCCAAACUACCUAAUUCCAGUGGACCUGAACAACCAUAUGUGUUUAUAGGGGACGAAGCGUUUAGUUUAAAAUCAAAUUUAAUGAGACCUUUCCCAAAUCGCAACUUGACUUUAGAAUAG